UUGUGUUGACACUCAAUCACCAAAAUACUUAGAAAUGGCCCAAAAGCACAUUUCCCUUUCAAUAAUAUUAGAACUUAACUUAGAAAAAUAUAUAAUGGGUUUUCAUAAUAAUUUUGAUAGAUUAAAUAUCACAUAAUAUAAUAAUUUUAAUGGUAAAAAAACUAAAUGUUAAAUAGUGAUAAAAAAUUAUUAGCAUUUUUUCUAACAUAAGUUACGAUGUUCAGAGAAUAUCAAACUAUUCACUAAUGAAGUUUUGUUAUCUAAAAAUGUAGACCGAUGUAUUUCUCAUAUUUUCAAAAGUAGUAUUUUGAAUUACUGGAUCCAUGAAAAACAUGUUAAUAGUUGCAUUGGGGUAUUUUAUCUAAUGCGCGCCGCUUGAGUGGAGCAAUUAAGCGAGUGAGACGAAUGCUAGGCUAUUUUGACGAGCUGUAAAGGAAAUCAACCUAAAAGAGCAAAAUCCUUGUCAAUGGUCAUUGCGACAACAGGCAUGGGCUUGUGGCGGAUGGCUUGGCCAGGAUUCUUAGGAGGUCUCCAAUGGCGUCGAGUAGUGAUGUGUGUGUAGUUGACCCAACCCACAAGAGAUACGUCCAUCCGGUCUAUGUCAAAUCUUAAAUAGGUCGAUAGGCCCAAAACCUGUUGACCCAGUUGAUACGAUGGCUCGACUCAUCAACACAUAAUAUUUUUGUAUUCGUUAUAUUUUAAAUUAAAUAUAGUUGACCAUAUCAUGUAAUAUGUUUAUGUUUAGAAAUAGAUCAAGAAAUAUUAGAUUUUAAAUUUGAAAAAAAUGUAUAAUAAAACUGCAACCUUAUUUAAUUCUAUUGUACCUGACAUGGAGUUAUUGACCGAAUAUUGAAAAAAAAUAAAAACAAACUAAAAACAUACAUGACAGAGUUAGAGGUCAACCAGCGUGUUGUCGUUUAUGACUGAGUAGUCGUUGUCUGUCUAGCCCAGCUUCAGUUUGUUCUUCAUGACACAUAAACCAAUAGCAAGCUAUAUAUGACAUCUCUAUCAGUGGCAGAGCUAGCAAAUAUCUUAUCGGGGUCAUCAAUAUUUUCUACUGAAUCUUCGCAAUAAAACUCUUGUUCUUAACACUGUUUUCUAUUAGAUAUUUAAAAAAUUAUCGGGAUGUGCUAACCGCAAAAAAAAAGGGCCGGCUCCGCACCUGAUCUCUGUCUAUAUAUUAUCGGUCAAACUAGAAGAGAGCACCAUGCCACCAACUGCAAUCUCUUUAUUUGUAGAUAAAAUAUAGAUAAUGAAGAUAUUUUCUAUCGUUUAUCUUGUCUUUUAUAGAUGGGUUGAUAGUUGUAUCCAUAUAGAUAUAACAGCAUAAAAAAAAUCAAAUAUUUUAGGUACAACGGAUCGACCUAUGGCCUCCAAAUUCCGUAUUAAUAUGGGAUAACUUUCGUGCAUGGAAUAAAAAAAAGGCUGCUAAAACUACAUUUUUAUUUCGACGUUAGGCUGCAGCGUUACCUUUUUAUAUAUCUUGUGGACGCCACGCCAUGGCUACUAGAAAAUAAAUCUAAAUCGCAGGCUAAGAUAGAAUUUUUGUAGAAAGGGAAGGAUAUAAUGUACCAUUCCUGUCGUCGUUUUCGAAGAGCGUUUUGUUAGCUUAUUUUCCCCGUUGCAACAGCUGGCCAUGCAUAUUUAUUUGCUAGUCAAAAUACCUUCCAAAAAGAAAAUAACCGCAGUUGCGGACCAGGAUCGCCGAAGUGCCGAACUGUCCCGCAUGCAACUUGCGUCCACACCGCACCGUACCCCGCCCCACCCGCAAGCAACGCGCGCCGCCGCGACCCUCUCAGUCUCACCCACCACCACCACGGCACGGCACCACCGGCCAUGCUUACUACUUAAUGACCACCUCGCCCGGCCUUAACCUGCGUCGCGCCCACCUUAACCAAACGCAGGCCGGCUAAUUAUAAAAAAGCAAGGCUACUAAUCACGUUCGCUAGCUAGUCCUGACCCCUGACUGACCUGCCAAGCGGAGCGCAGAUACCUGAGUACCCGACCCGACGCUGUCGGCUGUCGCUUCAGCCUUCAGCCCGCGAGCAGGAGCAGGAGGAGUCGAGGAGAUGGAGUCGCCGUCGCCGUCGUCGUCGCUGAGCGCGCUGCGGCACAGGCUGAGGGCCACCGUGUGCUGCUGCUUCGGCCAGGGCGGCGGCCCGGGCGAGCGGACGUGGUGGCGCCGCCGCGCGGGCGUCGGGGAGUUCCGGUACGACCCGCUCAGCUACGCGCUCAACUUCGACGAGGGCGACCUCGACGUGGAGGAGGAGGAGCAACAGCAGCAGCGGGGAGUCCACGCCCACCGCGGCGACGGCCUGCUCUACCACGGCUUCUCGUCGCGGCUGUCCACGCCGGCCGUGGUCGUCGAGGUCGCGUAGCCGUCUAGCGCUAGCGCCCGGCCCUGCGAUCGAGCUCGCUCGCUCUCCCUGGCGGCCGAUGAGGGCAGGCCAUGGAUGUGUUUUUAGUUUGUUUGCUGCGAUUAGUUUUGCGUGCGGAUGCUUUGCGUUCGUCGACGAGUUUUGGUUCAUGUCCUGCAGAAGCAGAACAUAUAGAGCACUGUACUAGUAGCAGACUAGCAGCAGCAUGUACAUGCGCAGAUCAGAUGGAUGAUGAAUGGUCAAUAUCGUCGUGUUAGUGAUCUGAUUAUUAUUGUAUGUGAACCUAAUGGAGUGAUUUUGAUGGUCCAUGUUUUCUACAGAUUUGUGGCGGCUAAGUAAAGAAACUAGGUUUUAGGCUU